AUGAGGCCACGCUCUAAGACAGUGCGGGUGCACUUCUGUUCCUCCCGCUCCAGCCCCCCACUGCUGCCGCUGCUGCUGCCUUCCACGCGGAAGGAGUUCUGGCGGUCGCCGGGCCACACGGACAGCCACUUCGUCGGUUCCCCCAGAGGCGUCGGUCAUCGUAAGGCGCCGCGUGAACACCGCUGCGGCAUCGCCGUGUACGAGGGGCUUACCCCUCCUCUGAAGUUUCGGGGGACGUUGGGCACGCACCGAACCCCAAAAUCCAACCUCUCUCUCUUUCUUUCCUUCUUUCUCGCUGUCUUUCUUUCUACAGGAAGAGGGGACAAGGGCGCAUCCAGGGGCAAUAUUCUCUUCUGUCCUCUGCCGUGCCGGUUCACUUUUUUUUUAGCAAUGCGGGCUUUUUUCUCUCCCACUCAUGCAUGUCUGAGCGGCGCUAUUUCGGCGUCCCUUCUGUGCCGCUCUCUGCUGUCGGAGGCGUCGAUGCGGUCCGCCUUUCGCCGCAGCUGCGCCGCGGAGGGUGUGGGGCUUCACGAGGGAGUGUCGGAAGAUGUUUUGGCGUCUGCCAUUGUCGACCGCGGGGUAACUUCUCUGGCGGACGCCAAGGCGCAGCUGCGGUCGUCGUCGGCCUUCCGCAUCGACGCCGGCGUCGUCUACCUGGCGGCGGACGGCGACUGCGAGCGAAGCCAGCUGGAGUCAAUGCUUCUGAGGGUGGCGGCGAAAAUACCCGCGUCGGGGGUGAGCGGGUCGCAGCUCCAGGCGAUACUGGAGGACGAGGCGCCGCACUUUCAACCUUCCGUCGUGGGGGCGCUUUCCCUCAAGGACGCGGUUCGAAGCUUCCCACACAUAUUCCUUCUGGAGUCGGAGCCCGCGGGGAAGUGGACGGUCAGGUCUGUUGCCAGUGCACUCCCCGGCGCGUCCGCGUGCGGUAAAGGCGGGCCGCACGGCAUCGUUGACUUCUGUCGCAGGAGGGCUCUGAUGGGGCACCAAGGCGCCUAUACGCCUCUGCGCCUCGCAAUGCAGAAAACAGGUAUCACAGAGAAGGAUCUACUAAAGCAGCUGGUGAUGAAUGAGGAGGUGGCGAGGGUCCUGCAGGUAAAGCUGUCCGUUCGCCUGAGACCCAAGCGUGCACCUACAAACGCCUUUUGCUUCGUUGACGGCGACGAAAUUGGUCCAGCCGCCGUGGAGGCGAUGGGAAAGGGAUUAACCCUCUCGGAUAAAUCCACCCGCGUUGUGGCCCGUCACCCGGCCUCCCCAAAGCACAGCAGCGCCGACAUCAUUGUGCCUGAGGAGAUGCCCACGUAUGCUGUUUUGGAGCUCAAGGCAAGAGAGCUGCUGCUGCGCCAGGCGGUCAUCCUCCAAGACGUCAUCUACAUGUGCUCCUCCAACCAGUUCACGGUGUACGCAGAGAAGGUGGCAAGACUAAAUGCGUUCCCCGAUGCAGACGUGUACGUCUGCUGCCCGAGUAGGGUGAAGUUGGUGGCCGAAAAACAGCACGUUCCACUGUGA